AUGUAUAAGUACCACAGUAGCUUCGAUCAAAUCACUGAGAACCAACUCAGGGAAAGGGAUAAAAUGUUUUUCCGGACAGUUUUCGUCGUUGUACUCCUAAUUCAGUAUGGACAGACAACCAGUUGCUGGAUGAAAAAUCGCAGAAAACACUAUCAACGUAACCAUAUUUUACCGGCGCCCAUUGAGAUAUCAUCCAUGAUAACGAAGUACUAUCAAUACCAACCUCUCAGCAAGCACGGCAUCUACUCCUAUAGUCCUUCGAAAGACAGUCUGGUCUUGGCCGUAAGAGCAUGUAAUGAUGCGCAUGUAGCACUGCUCGAGAAAGACACGGAUGAUGCUAAAAAAUUGUAUGAGAUUGUCAUCGGCGGGUGGGGUAAUACAAGAUCUUGCUUAAGAACAGGAAAGCAAACAAAAUGUUUGGCAAAUCACUAUGGAAAAGUCUUGCACUGCGAUGAAGUUCGGUACUUUUGGGUCAGUUGGAACAAAGGUACGAUUAAGGUUGGUAAGGGCAAAGUGGUGGGAACGGAUGAGAUCCUGUCAUACACUGAUCCGGAUCCGAUCAAGAUCCGGUACUUUGCGGUCAGUGGUGGAUUUGGGGCCUCGGCUGAUUUCUACUUUUGCAAAAAUGAGAAAGAUUCCCAUGCACCAGUAAUUAUUUACACACCUUCAAAGUACGAAUAUAAAACCCUAGGAAGUCAUCGUCUGGCAUCGCAUGGUCGUUUUAACGGCUUCAAUUUCUAUGUACAAGCCUGCAAUGACGCUACCAUUGCCCUACUCUCUGGUGCAGACGAUUACAAGCCUCUGUAUGAACUCGUUCUUGGCGGCUGGAAAAAUACGAAGUCUUGCUUUCGGGAUAAGAAGCAGGGUCCAUGUCUGGACGAACACCUCGAAAAAGAUAUUGUAAGCUGCCAUAAGUUUUUGCCUUUCUGGGUGUCCUGGAAGGAGAUCAAAGGGAAACUUAUAAUCAAAGUUGGAAAGGGAACUAAUGUAAAAUACGGAAAGAUAAUGGAAUAUGUCGAUGCAGACCCAAUCUAUAUCACAAAUUUGGCUGUGAGUGGAUGGAAUAAAAAAGUGACUUUCAUCUUUUGCAAACAGAAAG